UAACCUCUAGUCUUACCAAUCGAACACCGAGCGGCUGACUCGUUUUGUUGACGUGGAGUCUGUUUUCACCUGGAAUGGGUAGUUCUGUCUGAAAAGUUCUUAAAGAAGGAAGCAGUCAUGCUGGAUUUUGCUAUAUUUGCUGUGACUUUUAUAGUCGUUUUGGUUGGCGCAGUUGUGUAUUUGUACCCGUCAUCCAGAAGAGCCUCUGAUAUCCCAGGUCUGAGCCCCACUGAUGAGAAGGAUGGGAACUUGCAAGACAUUGUGAACAGAGGUAGUCUGCAUGAAUUUUUGGUGGCUUUACAUGAGGAGUUUGGCUCUGUGGCAUCGUUUUGGUUCGGUCGACGGCUCGUGGUAAGCUUGGGAUCCGUGAAACAACUGCAGCAACACAUCAACCCCAACCACACAACUGACUCAUUUGAAACAAUGCUGAAGUCGUUACUUGGCUACCAAUCAGGAACAGUGGGAGGGGUCAAUGAGUCUGUCAUUAGAAAAAAGCUGUAUGACAAUGCAAUCAAUGACACUCUGAAGAAAAACUUCUCACUAGUAUUGAAGCUAGUUGAGGAGUUAGUUGGAAAGUGGAUGUCAUUCCCAGAGGCUCAGCACAUCCCACUAAGUGCCCACCUGUUGGGUCUCUCCAUGAAGACCGUCACCCAGCUUGCCCUAGGCGAGCGCUUCAGGGAUGAUGCUGAUGUCAUAUCCUUCCGCAAGAACCAUGACGCGAUCUGGUCAGAAAUAGGGAAAGGCUACUUGGACGACUCCCAGGAGAAGAGCAUCAGCCGGAAGGCGCAUUAUUCAGCAGCUCUGUCAGAGAUGGAGCAUGUGUUGUUGUCCGUGGCCAAGGAAAGAAAAGUCACUCAGAAGAAGAUGGUGUUUGUGGACAUGCUGCUAAAGUCCUCUCUCACAGAGCGACAGAUCAUGGAGGACUGUAUGGUGUUCACUUUGGCUGGAUGCGUCAUUACUGCCAACUUGUGCAUUUGGGUUCUUCACUUCCUAUCCACCUCAGAAGAAGUCCAGGAUAAAUUGUAUCAAGAGCUGGAAGAUGUUUUGGGUUCAGGACCCAUUUCCUUAAACAAGAUCCCUCAGCUCAAAUACUGCCAGCAAGUGCUGAAUGAGACAGUGAGAACUGCAAAGUUGACCCCCAUUGCUGCCCGACUUCAGGAAUUGGAUGGAAAAGUUGAUCAGCAUGUCAUCCCAAAAGAGACGCUAGUGAUCUAUGCUUUGGGUGUAGUGCUGCAAGAUUCUAGUACCUGGACCGCAGCAAGCAGAUUUGACCCCGAUCGAUUUGAGGACGAUUCAGCUAAAAAGAGUUUCUGUCUGCUUGGUUUCUCUGGGAAUCAAACAUGUCCGGAGCUCAGGUUUGCGUACACAGUAGCUACUGUCCUGCUCAGCACAUUGGUGCGGAAGCUGAGACUUCACCGGCUGGAGGGUCAAGUCCUGGAGGUCAGAUCAGAACUGGUUUCAGCGCCAAAGGAUGAAACUUGGAUAACUGUCAGCAGGAGAAAUUCAAAUUAGUGUUCUGUAAAUUUUCAAUUUUGUUAGUGCUCUGGUCAAUUUGACUUGCACAGUUGCAUUGCCACAGAAUCUGUAUGCGUGGUCCAUAUUUUGACAUUGUUUCCUUUGAAUUUUCAGAUUCCAACACCAUUUUCCCUAAAAUGUAAAACCU